AAGGCCGGCGGGUCUUUCUGCCGGAAGUCGGCUCCCAGCUCUGGGCCCCACCACUGCAGCCCGAACCCGAGCCGGAGCCGCCCAGUCGCCGCGGGGACCCGGGCCGCUGGGGAGGGGUCCGGACAGGGGUCGCCAUGAUCCGCUUCAUCCUCAUCCAGAACCGAGCAGGCAAGACACGGCUGGCCAAGUGGUACAUGCAGUUUGACGACGACGAGAAGCAGAAGCUGAUUGAGGAAGUGCACGCUGUGGUCACCGUCAGGGAUGCCAAGCACACCAACUUUGUGGAGUUCCGGAACUUCAAGAUCAUUUACCGACGCUACGCUGGCCUGUACUUCUGUAUCUGCGUGGAUGUCAGCGACAACAACCUGGCCUAUCUCGAGGCCAUCCACAACUUCGUUGAGGUGUUAAACGAGUAUUUCCACAAUGUCUGCGAGCUGGACCUGGUGUUCAACUUCUACAAGGUUUACACGGUGGUGGACGAGAUGUUCCUGGCCGGCGAGAUCCGAGAGACGAGCCAGACGAAGGUGCUGAAGCAGCUGCUGAUGCUGCAGUCGCUGGAGUGAGGCCGCCGCCGGCGCCCCGGGAAGGCCCCGCAGGGCCUGGGCUGCACCCCGCCGUCCCCGGGCCCCAGCCAUGGGCGGAGGCCGCCGUGAUGAUGCCCCGAGCCACCGUGCUGUUGUCGUGUGACGCCGUGAGAGUGUGUGCGUGCGCGUGUGCGUGUAAAACUCCCAAUAAACUGUGGUCCUGCCUGGC